GCGGAAAUGGCGUCAAAGGCCCGGGUGGGGGAGGACGAGGAAGAGGAGAGGGGUUGGUGCUUUUUGGCGUGCGGGGUGCUGGAGGGACGGGAGAAUGGUGCUCAUCAAAGAGUUCCGGGUAGUGCUGCCUUGCUCCGUGGAGGAGUAUCAGGUGGGGCAGUUGUUCUCUGUGGCUGAGGCCAGCAAGAACAACACCGGUGGAGGUGAAGGAAUCGAGGUCCUCAAAAAUGAGCCCUAUGAACGUGAAGGGGAGCGGGGGCAGUAUACCCACAAGAUCUACCACCUCCAGAGCAAAGUUCCAGGAUUCAUUAAGAUGUUUGCCCCCGAAGGGUCACUAGUCGUCCACGAGAGAGCUUGGAAUGCCUACCCCUAUUGCCGAACCAUUAUUACGAAUGAAUAUAUGAAAGAUGAUUUCUUCAUCAAAAUUGAAACGUGGCACAAACCUGACCUAGGUGACCAAGACAAUGUCCAUGGGCUCGAUGUGGAGACCUGGAAAGAUGUUGAGGUUGUCCAUAUAGACAUUGCUGACCGGACGCAGGUGUCAGACCAGGAUUACAAACCAGAUGAAGACCCAGCUAUUUUCAAAUCGAUGAAGACAAACAGAGGCCCUCUUGGUCCAGACUGGAAACGGGAACUAGCCAAUAAUGAAGAUUGCCCUCACAUGUGUGCCUACAAACUUGUGACAGUGAAAUUCCGCUGGUGGGGCCUUCAAGGUCGAGUGGAAAAAUUUAUCCAGAAGCAAGAAAGACGACUCUUUACCAACUUCCACAGGCAACUCUUUUGCUGGUUGGAUAAGUGGGUGGAUUUAACCAUGGCUGACAUCCGACGGAUGGAGGAAGAGACUCAGAGGGAACUUGAUGAGAUGCGACAGAAAGGCUCUGUCAGAGGAAUGACAGCUGGGGAUGAGUGAGCGACCCCUACUGCCUGGGACAAGAAGUGACAAGGUGCGAUGCCCUUUCUGAUCUGAGCCUGGACCUCUCUUUUUGGGAUUCCCCUGUCAUCCCACCCACCCCCUCACCUGGAAGGGGAAAGAUGGUCUCCCAUUUUCUUUCCUUCCCACUGGUUUGAAAAUACUUCAAAACCUCCUCUGCUUCUACCAGCAUGGGGAGGGGAACCCUUUGAACUGCUGCUCCCCCCUCUUUUUUUUUAACUGAUUGUGGAUUAAUACGUUCUCUUCCUCCUCCCUUCUCUGAACACAACUUGUGGCUGCGUGAAAGAGGAUAGCAGCAAGGGCCUUUCCUCGUAGGGAUGGGGGAGCAUUGACAGGGGUGCAUGACUACAAUAACAUUAUAACAUUAAUAUUAAUAUACUUUUAGAAUCAUGUUUCCAUUGAGGGACAAGGUCAGGAACAAUUAAACUUGGCAAAGGGGUGGGGGAGAGGGGUAGCUGGGGAAAAACAAGUUUAAGAUUUUUAUCUUAGGAGUAGAGUUUUCGCCUUCGCUGUUGUGGAGGCUUAGAGUGGUCUGUCCAAGGGAUGGGUGAUAACCAGUACCCAAAGCUGUAUUCCAUUCGCUGGCAGGGAAUGGCAACAGCAGCCAUUUUCUCCAUGGUCUUUUCCCUCGGCCUCUCUGUGGAGUUAACAUAUGCCUUUGACCUGCCUCAGUUUACCAAUGGUUUCCCCCCCCCACCCCUUCUGGGGUGUCUGUGUUUAGAAGACAUGGUUCCAGUUUCCCAAUCUAGCUCCUUAUGUUCUUUUUUGGCUUGAGGGCAGAGGAGGUACUCCUAAGCUUAAAGUUCAACUUCCUCUCACUGCCCCUCAGCUCCCAGUUCUAAGGGCGGGUGGGUAGGUAGUUUUCCCAUAACCCAUUUGGGAAGGGACUCAAAACAUUUCAGCCAUCCUCUGGGACUUGGGUGUGGGGAGGGGGAGACUUUAAGGCCCAGUGCUACAUCGCUAAGGAUCUGAACAGUAUUUUUUUUAAAAAAGAAAACACUGAAAUCUUUUUUUAAAAAGCAAAACAAAUAAACAAACUUGAAGCUG